UUGCAGCGGAACCGUGUGUUUGUGUGUGCGGAUUGGAAUUUUAAACGGACCUUUUUAUCGUAACUUUUCCUCCUCUGUUCGCCUCUAUACUAUGUGAAAUGAAGCUUCCAACGAUUGCAACACAUGGCACCAUUUUCUGCACGACCGGUACCCACAAGGCAUCGGCAAUUUUCCUCGACCAGGAGCUUGUUAUCACCUCCGGGUUAAUUUUAAGCGAUAACGAGAGCUGCGUCGAGAAGCUGCACAAUGCCCUCCAAAAAAGCCCCAUUGUAGAAUGUGUCAAAACCGGCGAGCUAAGGCAAAUCUCCGAGUUGGAUUUUCGCAUCGUUCAGAAGCACGACAGCGUGUUGCGGGAACGAGGUGCACGCGCUUGUUAUGUGGUGCACUCUCGCCGGGUAAAGGAAUGUAUGGAAACCAUGCUGGAAGGUUUGCAGGUGUGCAUCAAUGGCGACACGAAACCUGUCCGGUCGUAUGCUAGCCUCUUCGCUAGCAUCGUUAUAUUGAGCACAAAUCUUUCGAAGCAUGUGUCGUGGGAGCAGGUGAAAGUAGUGUUCGAAAGACUGCAACCCCCUAGCGGUGGGAUGCUAAAACUGCUAGAUAAUGUGGUAACCGUGUCCACUCCCUUUGGGGACGAAUCGUUCUUCAACACGUGUCACGUAGGCCACGUUUCCAACAUGAUCGGUGAGCAUGGCUGUGUCCUGCUGCUCGACACAUAUCUCAGCUCGGGCUGCCAAGGAGGAGCAGUCUACAGUUCGCACAGGACAAUUCAAGGCAUUCUGAUCGGUGCGUCCUUCAUGUAUCGGAGCGAAAACGUAAGCUUCCCGUUGGCGAUCAAUAUGGAAGAGCUUUCGGGCAUAGUUUUGAACCGAAGAAAUCUCUGCCAAAGCUUAGCCAUGACAUUGCCAAUGCCAGCGUUUCGAUCGGUGUGCAUGAUCGAUUCGCAAGGAUGCUGGGGCACCGGAUGUGCGUUCGAGCUGAACGGUAAACGUUACAUCAUUUCCUGCUCGCACGUGCUUGUAACGGAUAACAUUACAUGCGUGUUUGAGGAUGGCAAAGUAAUGCACCCGAAACUCGUCUACAAAAAUCCCGUCUUCGAUAGUGCGUACGAUAUUGCACUAAUGGAAGCCACCUUCGAGGAAGCGCAAUCGUCGAACUGGUUCUGUCAAUUAGCGAACUACAUUCCACGCAUCGGCCAACGGUUGUAUGCCGUCGGGUUUCCCGUGUUUAAAUCGUUUGCCAGUGAAUCAAACUUUAAACCAAGCAUCAUUCCGGGUCGGGCCACAAAGUACAGCGAGGGUAUUCUGUUCACGGAUUGUUCGAUUCAAUGCGGGCAAAGCGGUGGCCCUAUAUUCGACGAGAAUGGAUUGUUGGUAGCAAUCGCUGUAUCGAACUUUAAAAGCUCGGUAGAUAAUUUAAUUUACAAUUGCCACAACAUGUGCGUUCCGGUGAAAGAUAUUUACAGCAUACUGGAGCACUAUUCCAAAACUUGUGAUAAAACAUCACUCGCAGGCUUGCAAGCAGAUUGGAAUGUGCGUUCGAAGUGGAAACUGAAGGCUCCAGUUAUUUUAAAUAAGCUAUAACGAGGCAUGGUUUAUAAUACACGAAUGGUUGGUUUUUAUAUCGUUAUAAAGGUGGUAAAUGGGACGUAGGCAUACGGUUUUUAACAGGGUUGAUGCACAAUUUAAAUAAAACGAUUUUUUUAUCAAGCAAA